CGGGGCCCCUGCCACCUUCGUCUAUCUACAUCUCACACAACAUAUAAAUCUUCUCAUUGUGAGAAGAACCACGUAAAAGAAGAGGAUUCUUCAAGGUAGAAGCCAUGGCUGGCCACGGUAAGACGAAGACGACAACGACGACGACGACGCGAUGGGGAUUACUGCAAAGUCCCACCCAAUGGCUGUUUGAGCACCAGAUUGGCGUCUCGUUCAAUCUCAUUUUGACGCUCUUCCUUAUUCACACGUUUUUGCCCAACGAGCGAUCAUUUACAUAUAAAUUCUUCACUUUAUCGGGCUACAACCCUGCUACGGGGAAGUAUGCUACAUCGCACGAUGAUCUGUAUUUUGUCGGCUUUUGCGUGGUGCUAUUCUGCGGCAUCCGCGCCAGCUCAAUGCAAUAUGUGCUCGCGCCAUUUGCCAGGUACUGGGGUCUGACGAACAAGAAGCGCAUCACGCGGUUUGCCGAGCAGGGUUGGAUGUUUAUGUAUAAUGCUAUCUUCUGGACCUUGGGAAUGUAUAUAUACAUCAAUUCACCAUACUUUCUGAAGCUAGAGGAGCUGUGGACUGAUUGGCCUCAGAGGGAGAUGGACGGUCUUACGAAGGGUUAUGUGCUGGCACAACUCGCGUAUUGGACACAACAGCUGCUCGUCGUCAAUCUCGAGACCCGACGACAUGACUAUUGGCAGAUGAUCGCUCAUCAUGUCGCCACCACUACACUGAUAGCUUCCGCAUAUGUUAAUCAUCAUACGCGGGUCUCCAACCUGAUAUUCGUCUUGAUGGACAUUAUCGAAUUGAUUUUCCCACUUGCGAAAUGCCUCAAAUGUCUAGGAUUUACAACUAUCUGUGACGUCAUCUUUGGCAUAUUCAUGGUCACUUGGCUGGUCACGCGACAUAUAUUCUAUCUCAUGGUGUGCUGGAGCGUCUAUCGCGACUCGCCACGACACAUGCCUACAUCAUGCUAUGACGGCCCAGCGGACAAUCUUCGAGGCCCAUUCCCUGCUCCAGAGGGACGAUCAUAUCUUCUCGAGCCCUUCCGUAACCCUGGGGGCAUCGUCUGCAUGACCGAAGGGAUCCGUAUCGGAUUCUUGUCGUAUCUGCUCGUCCUCCAAGCUAUCAUGAUUCCUUGGUCUGCGGCGAUCGUCCGCGUGGCUAUCCAAGUUUUGAGAGGCGACAACGCUGAAGACGUCCGGAGCGACGACGAAGAGGAGGAGGAAGUCGAGGAGGAUGAGAAGGUCGGAUUCGAAAACGCGCAGGGCGGCAUCGAGGAAGAGGUCGGGGCGGAAGUCAUCGAUUUCGAUGCGUGGAAACGAAGGAGCGGCGUUAAGCAGCAGCACACGGGGAGGUCGAGCGGUGCGAGUAUAUCAAGGCAUAGCGAUCGAAAGGAAUUGCUGAAUCGCAUCGGGUGCGAGAGGCAGAUUGAGUGAACGUGGUCGUGGCGGGGGUAUGGCUUGUAUGGAGUCUGCCGGCUUAUCGCCGUUCCGUACCGGGUGGUAUUUCCGCUUUGAACUACGAAUAGCCUGUCAGUACUGUAGUCAAUCAAUUACCCUCGAUUCAAUUGCUGCCUG